UACUGGCGAAUGCCGCGUGUGUUCAAGUACGAUGAUUAUGAUAUCUGUUUAAACGACAAUCCCACCAUUCCUUCUGUGUACUGCGUGGUGAAGGCCGUUAUCCGACCGGACAACACCUCAGCCGUUUGGGGACUGAUCGAGCGGAUUUCAGCCAACUGGAAGAUUAAGCUUAACCAUGCCCAUCUGGAUCGUGGAAUUUGUGUGCGCGAUUGCGAAAGGCGUCUGCGGAUGGUUUCCGGUCGGUUGAACGAGAGUGAGCUUCUGGUGCCCAAGUUCAAGACCAGCUACCGGUAUACAUUCAAAUCUGGAACAUUCAGAGACAUCGAUGAAUAUCGACAAAAUUAUUCCGAGCUGCUGGAAAAGUGUGUCAACUUUGAGCUAAUCGAUGAGUUCGGCUUAAAAGCACAAACAGAGAUAGAAUACUGUGAUAACAACGCAACAUCUUAUCCAAUUGACUGGUUGGAAAUAACGUUCCUAGUGGUCGCGAUAACCAUCGCCGGCAUAGUGCUUGCCUCCAGUGUGUACGAUUUUCGGUGCAAAACGACACACGGACUUGGUCACUACAAACACGAUCUCCCGUCGUCGAACCAGAUGUAUCUGGUAUCCUUUUCGAUCAUCCGGAACUGGUACAGGAUCACCUCACGCGGGGACGAUCAACUUAGCCACGAUUUACGCUACAUUCACACCAUCCGGAUGAUCGUCUUCAUGGGCGUUACGCUGGGCCACGUCGUCUUCUACGCCCAACCGAGAACAGCACUUACGAUUGAAAACCGUUACAGCGAACUUUCAACGAUGAUAAUCAUCAAUGGCACCCAAAUAGUGACGACAUUCUUCGCCAUCAGCGCCAUGCUGCUUGUCUUGUUCUUCAUGCAGAAGGUGGAGGAAACGAAGAAAAAGGUCGGCAUUUUGGAAAUAUUCAUCAUUUCCGCGGCCCGUUACGUUCGGUUAACACCGGUGUAUGCAUUCGUGAUGCUCUUCGAAGCCACCUGGGUGGUGCGGUUUGGCGAUGGACCGCUGUGGCAAAAAGGCUUCGAAACUGGGCGAUCGUACUGCCGGGCAAAUUGGUGGGCUAAUCUGCUCUACAUCAACAAUUACUACAAAGCCGACGAACCGUGCAUGCUGCAUACGUGGUACCUGGCAGCCGAUUUCCAUCUCUUUGUGUACGGACUGGUGCUAUGUGCUGUGAUUGCUCGCUACCCUAAAAUACGGAACCUACUGCUCGGGACAAUGGGGACCCUGAGCUACAUCGCGACUGCGGCCAUCAUCUAUGUGAAGGCGUACGAUGCCAUUCCGAUUUUUGCGCCAGAACAAAUUCGUUACUUCUUCUGGUACUGGGGAGUGUACAAAGAUGCCUACGUCCCGACGCACAUGUAUCUGGUGAACUAUACCUUAGCGAUUGCUUUUGCGUUCUAUUAUAGACAUCUGGCAAAAACAAGAACUGAUUACCACUGGCUCGUCAAAGCUUUCUGGUGUGGGAAUCUCCUCUUAAUUCCGGGACUGUUCGCAACGGGCUACUUCUUCUAUCACUACCAGUUUGCGACGCCUUCACUCUGGAUGGCAUUGCUGUUCCCGUUCAUACGUCUGCUCUACAGCGCGAUCGUCUUUUUCAUCGGUGUUGGACUGUCGUUUAGAUUCUUGAAACUUCUGACCCGACUGUCAGAUAUACCGUUUUAUACAAUCAUUGGACGGCUGACGUACAGUGCGUACUUGUGCCAUUUAUGUCUCGUUAAGAUGUCCCUGUUCAACACGAGAAGCUUCUUCCGUUACGCACUGAUCGAUAUUGGUGCCAUCUGGGCAGCUUCAAUACUGCUGUCCUACCUCGUGGCAUGGUUGCUAUGCCUAGUACUGGAGUCACCGUUUGUGGCAUUGCAGAGGCAAUUGUUUAAACGCCACACACGAUCCUCCGGCGAAACGGAGCACUCGUCAAGCGGAGGAGACAUGGGAACGGACACGAGCUACUGUGAGCAUCCUGAUGAGAAGAACUAUAAUCCGAAUGUGAUUUUCAGCCAACGGUUUUAA